AUGCGGGCAUCAGCCGUACGAGUGUACCCAGAGGCACUGCACUCGUCCCCAAUCUCUUACCCUCGGCAAUUUACAACAACUACUACUACCGCUACCCCUCUAGACAUCCCCGAAAUUAUCUACCACAUCCUUUCCUUUAUCGACAACUUCACGCUUUCGAAAACCGUCAUCCUGGUCUGUCGACUAUGGUUCCUGAUGAACCGCCAUCGCGUCGUCCGGCAGGAGCUCUGGAACGCAGAGUUUACGCUCAGACGAGCCAAAGAGAUUAUUGGCAGGAUACCAGGAACGGCCCGAUUGAGCUGGAGUUCGGGGACUGACCAGUUGCAGGAGGACCUUGACUGGAUUCUUUUGAGGAAAACGCUUGAACAGAAUCACAGCCAGUACAUUAAACGACAGCAGCAGCGGCAACAGGACCUUGACCGUGACCAACAAGAAACGUCAAUCGUUCAGAACAAGUUUGGUCAUCGACUCCACGAUGUCAUUUCCACCCUUCCUUUCAUCGACGACCCUCUGAGGGACUUGGAGCUGUGUGGAGUUGUGGACGACUGCAAACGAUUGACGUCUAUCCAGGGAGCCCUUCCGUUCCUGACUCGUCUGAAGCUGCAAUGGCGCAAGACCAGUACCUUCUACAUGGACCAACUCCUCCUCUCCUGCCCGCUCCUUGAAGUCCUCCAUGCAGAGUCGAUCGAGGGGUUGGAGCUCCCUGGACCAUGGACAUCCCUCGAGGACCUUAUAUCACAAGCGCCUCAUCUCCACCAACUAUUGCUCGUCAACCUCCUCCAGAACGAAUGGCUCUACUGGCCCUUCUUCAUCGACGUUUCCUACAACUGGGCCGACCUCCACCAAUGUCUUCGGCGUCUACCUCACCAACAACUCACCUCAUUUCACUUUUCCGUCCAAGAUCAGACCAUACCCGACCAGGACCUCAAGGCGAUGAUGUCUGAUAUUUGCUCGCAGUCGACCGAAUGGACCUUUCGCGCCAAGGAUCUCACACCCACCCUGACACGGUACUUGAAUGAACUGCCCAACGUUGUCACGUCUCUGGAACUGUACUGGCCCGAACGAGCGCACUGUCGUCCCGAUAGCGGAUUACACGCAUAUCUGUGCGCGUCGCCCCAUCUGCUUCAUCUCAAGGCACCUAAUGUUGCGGUUCUCUUUGAACUCUUGGAUAUCCAUCAUCGAGUCGACUUUGAAUACUCUCGCCUCUACUCCAGGGAUCAUCAUCAUCAUCACCUCAACUCUAUCACCCAUCCCAACAGCAACAAUGACUCGACAACGAUUACAACAACAGCCCUCUCUGGAGUUUGGAAAUGCAAAAACCUCCGUACCCUCCACCUCGCCUUCCACAACCACGGCCUCUCCCUCUUAACCUCACCAACCCACUCCCGAGUCCUAUUUGGCUACAUCUCCAGGGUCUGUCCUCAACUCCGUGAUUUGGAGAUCCAUAUACCCGAGCACCAGACCCGAUGGACCCGCGACCUCGACUUUCCAAAUCUCGAUAUGACCCUUCAAGGAGGGUACUGCCUGUUGACAAGACUGAGGCAUUUGGAGAGACUCUGGCUUGGACGGGUCCGGCAGCGAAUGACAUUUGACCCUCUCCAUUUGAACUGGAUGGUCGCGUCCGGACAGAGCGCCAGGUACAGGGAGGAGAGGCGGAAGAUUGUCGCUGGAUGGGACGAGUGUCUCAUUAAGGAAGCGCGACAGGUCAAUCGACUAACGGAGAGAGUAGCAGCAGCAUCAGCAGCAGCUCAGAUCUACAGAAAGUCAGAGAUCCUGACGGGUGUGACUGAAGAUCGAUUGGAGCAGGAUCUGAAGCAUCUUGGCCUGGUGCUGGAUGUGAAGGAGGUCCUUGACGAGAUGGACAGUCCAACCUAUCGCUGCUGGCCAGUCCUGCAGCGCGUCUCUAUUUUCAACGACCACGGCCUAGGUCUUUCCCCGGCUGAUGAGUUGAUGCGUCUGUUUCCUCCCAGGAGCUCCAAGCUCUUCCGCUGA